GAUUGGAAUUCACUUGCCAUUUUUGGGGGGUUGAUGGCCUGGAUAUGCCAAAGAUUGCGAGCGGGGAGAAGAUUCAACUUAUCGCCGAGGGGGAAAUCACUGGCGAAGAUAGCCUGUACAGCGAGCGGACAGGCAAGCGGAAGUUCGGAACCAGCACUUACAAGGUCUAUGGGGCUCUCGCAGGAUUGCAAGAAGAGGAGGAAGCGGUAAAGCCCUAUUUGCUGGUUUGGCUUCAUGGCAUGGACAAUGGCAUUGAGCUCGGUCAUUUGACCACCAUUCAAAAGAGGCUCAGACACAGGGUGAUCUUCGUAGUGCCGAUGUGCCCGCAGACCCAUAAGGGCACGCAGUUCAAUUGGGGCUGCGCUUUCCGCGCGCGUGAUGACAAGAAGCAGCUAGGCUUUGUGCAUGGAAAGUUGCACGAGGGCUAUUUGAUGGCCCUGACCUCGAAGAUCAGUGACUUAGCAUAUGAAUUUGAUGCUGAGCGGGUUCUGGUCAUGGGGUAUUCCAUGGGAGGCUUCGGAGCGUUUCAGCUGGGCGGCUUUGCGCCAGAUGCUUUCGACGUGGUGAUGUCAGUGGCUGGCUAUGGCCUGGGCACAUUGGAACCUGAGGAUGCGAUGUAUGGCGCGCCACAACCAGCGAGCAGCGAAAUCUUCGAGGAAUUCCUAACCGGAAUUGCCUCUGAGCUCUCCCGAGUCCCAAUUGUUCUGGCUGUACAUGCUCAGAAGGAUUCAAUGUCCAGUUUUAGGGAUGUAAAAGCAAUCAUCAAGUCUUGCAAGGAGACGCAGGCAAAGCGUGGAGUGCUGCACACCGCUGAGCUCCUCGAAGUGGAGGACCGCUGGGCGGACAGUGACAGAAAUCGGAAGAAGAGAAGGAUCAGUGGUCAUCAUUACUUCAACUUCUCACUCUUGGACGAGAGCAGUGAGGAUUUUCUGUGGUCGAAGCUGCGGAAGUAUUUGUCUCAGGCACCGCUUCGAUUGGAGCUGCGUCCUUUACACAUUGCUCGCGUGGGGGAGGAGCCAAGAGGUGGGGGACACCGAAGCAUAGAGGAGCAGAAACCAAAAGAAUUGGUCCUUGAAAUCCUUCACACCGUCCAACAGCUACUUCAUCUCAGGUGAUGACCUCGUCUUUGGUCAUGUGUUCAAGCAACGACCCCUAAAAACAUGGCCAGAACAUGGUGACUCCUUGUGUCGCUUUCAUAAACGCUCAGACCGAGCAGCGACCCGGCCAGUUGGUUUCAAAUGCCC